CAUUAGAAUAAAGAAAAUUUGAAGCUUUUACUGACCAAAAUUACAUGUUGAAGCAGUUGCAUGAAAAGUGACACAACUGUUCCUUCACUCUCUCUCUCUCUCUACUCAAAUAUGCACAGAGCCAGUGCGAGUAAUCUAAUCCUUGUCGACAGAGGCACCAUCAGAACAACACUUGAGACCCACCCACAGGAUGCCUUCAUCUGAGAUCUUGGUUGACCUUUUCACCAGGAGAAGAACCCUUCAUUAACUGAAUUGCCUUGGAUCAUGCACGAGUUCUCCUGGUGAGGUCCCACAUUUGACCUUUUCCAACUUCAACCAUGCUUAAGUGCCAUCAAGAAUUCCAAACAAGGUGUGCACAUGUAAGCAGUCCAUUAGAAAGCAGAGUCUCAGGGGAAGAAUGGUGGUGGUGGUGAACUCCUUUAUCUCCCUUCUCUGUUGAGCACAUCCACUCCCGGUUGUCGACAUCAUCGCCAUCUGAUGAUUACUCUGCUCUCUCUCUCUCAUUUUGCUCCCGUGCAUGGAUUCUCCUCCUCUCCACAAAGGUGAGAAGGCUCUAAAGAAGCAACCGCCACUCGCCUCUCUCUUUUCUCCCUCACCGGAAGCCAACACAUCCUGAAGCUGCUACGAGAGGAAGAGGAACCACCAAUCAGAUCUUGAGCUCGGUGAUGGAGAGGCCUCAGGGAUCUAAGGGGGUUUCUUGAACCCAUUUGAGCUCAUAUGUUGUAUUUUCUUGAUCUUGGUCAGUGCCCGGGAGAUGGAAGGAGAUCGGUUGUUGCCGCCGCUGCCGCUGCCGCUGGCGUCGUCGAAGCAUCGCUGCAAGGUGUGCCGCAAGUGCUUCCCGACCGGGAGAUCUUUGGGUGGCCACAUGAGGUCUCACUUCGCCGUGGCCGCCAACUCCUCGUCGGAAGGCGACGAGCGGCAGCAGAGCAGCUAUAGCCUGAGGGAGAACCCCAAGAAGACCUGGCGGCUAUCGGAUUCCGGCGACGGAGAUGGAGAGAUGCAGUGCGCGGAGUGCGGCAACGAGUUCCUGUCCUGGAGAGCGUUCUUUGGACACAUGCGGUGCCACUCCGAGAAGCCUUCCGAGGAGCGAGGAGAGCAAGAUGGCCCCUGCAGCAAUGUCGUCCAUCGGAACGGCUUCGGCAGCCAACUUGGCACCGAGGCCGCGGCAGAAACCGUUGCAGGGAGGCGGAUAAGAUCGAAACGGACCGAUCGAGCUUAUCCUGAGGACGAGGACGGCGCCAUCAACCUCAUGCUGCUCUCCAGGGGUGUCAGAAACUGGAGCCGCAGCUGCAGCGAGACGUCGGACAAGAACUCGGCGGAGGUUCUUGAGACUUGGGACUUCGUCUCGAUUGGAAGCGAGAAGACGGGAUCCAAGUCGGGCGAUCCAAGAAACGGGUUCAAGAAGAUGGAAUCUCGUGGUGCUGAUGAUGGAAUCGCCAGAGAUGACAUCGACGAAACCAAGAAACCCGUGGCCUACGCCUCCAUCACCGACGACCUCAAGAACCCUGACCAAGAGCCGACGCCAUGUCCUUCCAAGAACGAGGAUCCGAGUUCUGUUGCAGGGGAAACAAGCAUGAAGACUAGAUUAGACGGAAUCGAUCACAAACUUGGGAGGAAUUCUUCAAGCACGCUGGAGAGGUUUGAUCCUGCCGAUGAUUCUCUCCGUCAUGCUUCUUCGAACGAUUGCUUGGCUAAGGCUACCAAGAAGAGAAGCCAGUUCGAAUGCAAGUCCUGCAACAAGGUGUUCGACUCCCACCAAGCUCUCGGCGGCCACAGAGCAAGCCACAAGAGGAUGAAAGGCUGCCGGGGCCACAGGACCCAUGUCGCUGAGAACAGCACGGAAACCGAUGCUUCGGCGGACGAAGCAGCGACGGAGGACACCGGCAGUGGAUCGUCGAAGGCGAACAAGGGCCACCGGUGUCUCAUCUGCAGCAGGUUCUUCAGCUCCGGCCAGGCUUUGGGCGGCCACAAGAGGUCUCACUUGGUGGCCACCGCUGGUUCCAAAAGACUUUGGGCGGCCAUUCGGCAGCAGCCACUCGAGAAGCCCGGCGUGCUCGAUCUCAAUCUUCCAGCUGAUGGAAGUGAAGACCUCAAGUCAUGGUGGCUGGGAGGCAACCUCAAGCAUGAGCCACUGCUGGGUGUGAUCUCCAAUUGAUGGAAGAGCGAGAGGGGAGUGCAGGUUGCUCCAAAGGUUGCUGAGUUACUGUUCCAUCCAUCGUUGAGCUGCUGAG